AUGCCGCCCGCCGUCCCGCCGCCGCUGCUGCUGCUACCGCCUCUGCUGCUGCUGGCGGCGGCGCGUCCCGCCGCCCCCCCGCACAGGCCUACAUUUACAUGUGGAGGAGUUGUAUCUGGAGAGUCAGGGUUUAUUGGGAGUGAAGGAUUUCCUGGCGUGUACCCACCAAACAGCAAAUGUACCUGGAAAAUCACAGUCCCAGAGGGAAAAGUGGUGGUUCUUUCUUUUCGGCAUUUAGACCUGGAAAGCGACAAUCUGUGCCGGUAUGAUUUUGUGGAUAUCUACAGCGGCCACACCAAUGGACAGCGCAUUGGCAGGUUCUGUGGUACUCUGAAACCAGGUGCCCUUGUGUCCAGCAGCAAUAAAAUGUUGGUGCAGAUGACUUCAGACGCUAACACUGCUGGAAGUGGAUUCAUUGCAAAGUUUUCUGCAGCAGAACCACAUGAAAGAGGGGACCAGUACUGCGGGGGACGGCUGGACAAGCCAUCGGGGACCUUCUACACGCCCAACUGGCCAGAGAGGGAUUACCCCGCGGGAGUCACUUGUUCCUGGCACAUCGUGGCUCCGAAGAACCAGCUAAUAGAGUUAAAGUUCGAGAAGUUUGAUGUGGAGAGAGACAACUACUGCAGAUAUGACUAUGUUGCAGUGUUCAAUGGUGGGGAAAUCAAUGAUGCUAAAAGAAUUGGGAAGUACUGUGGAGACAGUCCCCCAGCGCCUAUUCUGUCUGAGAAAAAUGAGUUGCUCGUUCAGUUUUUGUCUGAUUUAAGCUUAACAGCUGAUGGUUUUAUUGGCCAUUAUAAAUUUAGACCAAAAAAGUUACCCACAACUACAGCUCCGCCUACAACCACAACAGUCCCUGCUACCUCAAUUGUGAAACCUACAGUUGCUCUGUGCCAGCAGAAGUGUAAAAGGAGUGGGACUCUGGAAAGCAAUUAUUGUUCAAGCAACUUUGUAAUAACUGGAACUGUAAUCACAGCAGUAACGCGGGCUGGCAGUCUGCAUGCAACAGUAUCCAUCAUUAAUGUAUAUAAGGAGGGAAAUUUAGCAAUCCAACAAGCUGGCAAGAAUAUGAGUGCCAAGAUUCUUGUUAUGUGUAAGCAGUGUCCUCUCAUCAGGAGAGGUUUAAACUACAUCAUCAUGGGCCAGGUAGAAGAAGAUGGUAGAGGCAAAAUCUUUCCCAACAGCUUUGUCAUGAGCUUUAAGACUAAGAACUCAAAGAUCCUAAAUGCCUUGAAAAACAAAACAUGUCAAAAUUGAACUCUGCAGCUGCAUUCUGUCAUCUGUCUUGAAAAAUCAUUUAACUUAGCAUAAGUCAUGGAAAUGCAACUGACUGCCAGCAGUAUGACCACACCGACUCUUCCUUCCCUCCUGUCCACAUCAGCACUGGCACAAAGUGAAAUCUUUACUUGUACAAGAUGAGAACAGACCCUGCUAAGGCUGAAAGCCGAAGAUUUGCAGCACAGCCAUCUGAUUUCAAACAUACAAAUUCCAAUUACUCGGAAGAUGUUAAUUUAUAACUGUCCAAUUUUUUAAGGAGUUUUGUAUGUAAAAUAAGAAUUCUAAGUGCAAUAUUUAUAGCAACUUAGUUUAACUUAGCUUUUUUUUCUCUAAAGUUGUUUUAUUACAUGCGUUUCUGCAUUAUUAUCAGUGCUUUAUAAAAUAUUUUAAGAUUAAAUGAUACACCAACUAGUUACUCAUUAUUUAUAAAGUGGGGCAGCUGAAUAUAGAAACUGUUUUUUGAUCAUUUCAUGCUUUUGAUGGUUUGGGCCUUGCACAUUGUAACUGACACUACACUUCCUUGCUGAUUAAGGGUCUGAUUUUCCUUGCAUGGAAGUCAGUGAAUCAUUGAUCUGAACAGGAACUCUUCAAAGAAUUAGACAGCUGUAAAACAACACCACACUUUUCUCCUUUGAUGACUACUUAGUAAAUGUCACUAGUAAGUUCUGUAAGGUAAUAAAGUAAAGGAGGGUAGGAAUUAAUUUAGUGGUGGUAAGGUUCAUAUAGAAUCUAAGAUCCCUUUAAGUUUUUAUUUUCCUUGUAUAUAAAUACCAGACCAGAGCUCUUUGUAUAAUGUGACCACGGGCAGGAAACCAAUGAAAUACACAGUCCCUACUGGAAGUACCAGUGCUUAUUCCAGCAGGGGAAUGCAGAUUGCCAUUGUCUUCACUGAUGGAUUCUCACACAUAAUGCCCAGAGGCACUGCAGCUCUGCAGCACAGCAGCCUCUCUUCCAAAGACUUUAUGGGUAGCUGGGCUGGGGAUAAAAGGAUCAGAGGGAGGCACAGAGGUACAAAGAGGCUGUGCUGGCAGCUCACAUCCAACACCUCCGUGCUGCAGCCACACUUCAAAGAUUACAUUGCCCCACUGACCAAGCCAAGCAGCAUUUCUCUUUGGAACCAACAGCAACAUUUGUUUGCAAAGCAGAUGUAGUUUUGUAAUUUUAAAACUCUGAAAUAUGAAUUUUAAUUUUCCAGCAUUAAUUCCUACGCAAACUAAGGGACUCUAUGCACAGUGCUCUCUGUGUUUCUUGGUGGCAGCCUGGGGAAAAGCAAUGUGGAAAUCAAUGCUCGGAGCUGUCCUGAACUACAACAUUCUAUUUUUAUUUAUGAUGACAUGCCCAUCUGUCACACAGCUUUUUUCAGUGAGGCAAGAAAGGUCUGGCAGCUUACUCAUAGUCUGCCAAAUGGAAGAUAGUGAGAGCUCCUGCCUGCCCUUCUCAACACUCCCUUUACACCAGUUCCUUUCCCAAAUCAAUGCACUGGUAGAACUAGGCCUGAAACAGAGAACAGAUGAACAUGGAGCAGUGCCAGUUUUCUCAAAACACAGGUAACAACUGUUACAAGUUUUUAAACCCAGUUCAUAGUGACUGUAAACUUCAAACAUUUGAAAUCCACUUGGAACCAAACAAUUCAAAAUUAUCUAAUCCCAAUUUCUGAAAUAAUUUCUACAGAAAUAACAAGACCAUAGUUCAGCAAGAGCAUAAAGUAAGCUGACUUUCAGUAAUCAGUGAUUUUGACCUUCCUGCUCCAAAUGCAGUCAUGAAAAUUGUCAUCUCAAUUUUUCAUUUAUCAAAGCAAAGUUAACUCUAAGACAAAACCACCAUUAAUAUGAGAGGGAAGUAAAACCUUUUCCAGUUAUCUCAAAAACUCUACUUACUCCUUUCAUGACUUGCAGAAAAAUUUGUACAAGGAAACUCUGAAUCCUCUAGCAAACUAAACUCCAGCUUCUUUUUUAUAUGUGAAAUUUUGUUUCUGUGCCUGUCUAGAAUUACUCUAGGAGUGUGCACAAGUGAGAUCUUGAGUAUUAAACUGCACAAUGAGAAAGCAAUAGCAUGUUUAACACAUGUGAACUAGAAAAAUCAAAAUGAUGAGACAUAAUUGAAUACAGAGCACUCAGCACUGAUUAGCAGCCACAUAGAUCAGAAGAGCACAGCAGCUUUCAAAUAAAAUAGAGAUGUAUUGUGUCAUAGAAUUGAGGCAUGGCAGAGAAACUUUCUCAUUCUGCACGUUUGUAUUUCAGUGACAAGCAAAAACUUGGGAGCUCCCAGUCCAAAACCCCCAAGAGCCUUGAAGUUCUUGCUAAGGCCAUCCACACUGUAGUAGAACACAGUGCCACAGGACACUGACCAAGCUAGCUCUGAUGGACCCUGCUCAAGGUACGAAAAGCACUCAGAAAUAGCUCCAUUAGCUCCUUCAUUCAUGCUGUCAUCACCCCAGGUUCCCAGAACUAACAGUCCCAGUGCCAAACAGCUGAUGGUGCAUCUGGGAUCCAACCCAGCUGGGAACCAGCAUCACUUCAUGGCACUGCAUGAAGCCAUUUCAAUGAACCAAACAGGCUGGGUCCAGAAGGAAAAAGGCAGGAACACAUUAACACCAGCUACCUUCCUUAAACCUAUUACCUCAACAUGACAAAGAAAAUACUUUCAAUAUAACUGAUCUACUGAUAACAGUUCAGAUAACUAAUAUAAUGUGUUUGCAAUAUGACAAAUACUAAUACAACCAUAUUUUUCCAAGAGCUUUUAUUUGCUUCCUUUCUUGAAUAUACAUAACGUACACAGCACAUAGGUUUUAUGUUGGUGCAUUAUUCAAACAUGAGAUCUCAGUCCAAAUACAAAACUCAGUGAUCCUCUUUGCUUUGAGCCAGGAGGUUAAUUUCCUAUUCCCAUGAAAAGCCAACACAUAUCAGGAUCCCUUUAUACUAUAACACUUCUGGAAGCAGAGUAUUAAAACCUAGUUCAGAAAUACAUCAUUUCAUAGUAUGGAAAAUAUAUUACCUUUACAAGAAAGAGUUUUAUAAGAAUUCCUUCAAAAAAGUAAACAUUCAUGUAAGCCCCCACUCCGUCAAUCUCCCAAAAUCAACUGUAGUCCAAGACCACAAUGGCUACCUGCGCCUUCCGGACACACGACCAUUUCAGAAGAGCACCAUCCUAACAGUCAAACUGUCAAUCAAUCCUUCAGCUGUCAUAAAUAUACUUUAUAAUUAAAAAUACAGGAAUCUCACAUUUCUCACUUACAGUUUGUCAGCUUGAAUUAUAUAUAAGCAUAUAAAGCCAUAUAGGACCCUCUAGCACAGAAAAUCCACAAAGCCCUUACUGUCCAUUGUAAGCAAAGUCAGAUAAAAUUUUUUCACAAAACACAGUAUACCAGACAUAAAAAAAAAGUCUAGCUUGGCAACGAUUCUGGUAAAAAACAGGAAAAAAGAAAACCAAAUUUAAAAGUAGCAUGUGUAAAACCUGUGUCAAGCAGACCCUUCUAAAGUACAUCUCUGCAAUGACAAGACUCAAUGACCUCACAGAAAGAAGAGUAGAAUGGUUCACAGGAAUUGUUCAGCACUGCAAACAAUAGCACUCAUGUGCUCCACCUCAUUUUCAUGAAAUCACAGGUUUUAAUAAUCCAAAUGAUUUACCUAGAUUUUAAAAACCCAAGAUACUAAACACUGAAUGUUCAUAGAUUAAUUUUUAAAUUCUGUUCCCAACCCUACCACAAUGUAUAAUAAAAUGUACUAUUGAGGCACUGCUGAAAAAUCCAAGCAGGGUUUGAUUGUCUUACACAUAACCAUAAACAUUUAUGAAAUGGCUGAUCUAUUUUGUGUUCAAAAUGUCAGUGUUCCCACAAAGUGACAAGUCUUCAUGAUUUGAUUUGCUAUAUCCUAUAAAUGUUAGCUUACAGUCAGUGUUAAUGUACAAAACUAGAACUGUCUCUUUCAGAGCCAUACAGUCUUCACAUGCACUGUAACCUACAGUCAUACAUAAUUUCCAACUGUGCUGGAAAGUUUCUAUUUUUCUUUCUCUGGCUUUUCUAUUAAAAAUAAACAGGCUGAAUUUUCAUUUAAAAAGCCUAUCCUCUCCCACAACUUGAAAAACAAGUAUCAAAAAAGAACAAACAGCAAAAA